CGUAUGAAAACUGUGUGGGUUUAGACCUAUGAAGGUUCUUUUCUCCAAAUACAUUAGUUCUGUUAAUUCAACCAUCACAUCACUUUCUAUGAAAAAUAUUCCUAGUAUUAUGAAACUCCCUUCAACUGAUCACUUUUCUUCUUCGGCUGCAUUGUUUAUAUUGGCAUCAACAGCUAAAGCAUACACGGAGACAGGGGAAAGCGAGAGAGAGAGUUAGAGAGAAAUGGCUGAAGAGACGACAGAAUCACUUGAAAAAACUCCGACAUGGGCUGUGGCAACUGUUUGUUUCGUCCUGAUAUCACUCUCCAUUCUCAUCGAACAUUUACUUCAUCUUUUAGCUCAGUAUCUUAAUAAGAAGAAGAAGAAGUCCCUUAUUAAGGCUCUUGAGAAGAUCAAAUCAGACUUGAUGCUCUUGGGGUUCAUGUCAUUGCUGCUGACUGUGAGUGAGAGGCCUAUACCAAAUAUAUGCAUCCCAACCAGCGCAGCUGAAACUUUUCUGCCUUGCAGAAGCACAGGUUCAGAUUACUUCAGUGAAGAAGAACUCAAAUGUCAGCGACAGGGAAAGGCAUCUUUGCUGUCGAGUGAAGGUGUAAAGCAACUUCAGUAUUUGAUAUUUGUUCUGGCCAUUUUCCUUUUUUUUUCCUGUGUCCUCACAUUCGGACUUGGCAUGGCCAGGAUGAGGAGUUGGGCAUCUUGGGAGGCAGAAACAAGAACAUUUGAAUAUCAAUUUACAAAUGAUCCAAGAAGGUUUCAGCUGUUUCAUCAAACAUCAUUCGGGAAGCGACACCUUAAGUUUUGGAGUGAAAACAGAUUACUUCGUUGGCCGGUAUAUUUUCUGAGGCAGUUUUACAAACCCAUCUCCAAAACAGAUUACUUGACCCUCAGACAUGGAUUCAUUAUGGCUCAUUUCUCUGGAAGCAACUUUGACUUCCAAAAAUACAUAAGAAGAGCUUUAGAAAAGGACUUUGGAGUGGUCACCGGAAUGAGUUCCUGGAUUUGGAUGUUCUCAGUUCUUUUCAUCUUCUUCAACGCAUAUAAAUUCCACAAUUAUAUGUGGCUUCCCUUUAUUCCACUAGUGCUGCUAUUACUGGUGGGAACAAAACUGCAAGCCAUAAUAACUCAGAUGUGCUUAGAUAGCCAUAAAAAAUCUCAUGUUGUUAUAGGGAGUUUGCUUGUCAGCCCCAGUGACCACUAUUUCUGGUUUGAUUCGCCCAAAUUGACUCUUCACAUGAUACAUUUUAUACUGGUUCAGAAUUCGUUUCAAUUGGCAUUCUUCACAUGGACUUGGUACAAGUUUGGAUUAAGAUCUUGCUUCCAUAGAGAAACCCAAGAUAUCAUCAUAAAGCUUGUGUUGGGAGUUUUAACCCAUGUCCUUUGCGGCUAUGUAACCCUGCCUCUUUAUGCUUUGGUCACACAGAUGGGAUCAUCAAUGAAGGAAGCUGUUUUCCCGGAAAAGGUGGCUCAGGGUCUUAAAAAUUGGAGACGCAGAGCAAGGAAAAAGUUGAAAACUAGUCACUUUUCUCGACCUUCAGUUGAUGCUUCACUUGACGCUUCGCUUUCCCUUGAUACUUCUCCUUCUUUCACCCUUGAUAGCUCGUAUUCUCUUGACCGGGAUCUUCAGUUUGAUGACACAGAACAUGUUGCAGUUGAAAUUGAAGAAGAGAAAGCUGGCGAAGAACCAGUGGAAUAUCAUGAGACGGAUUCAUUUGAUGGUUUUCAUGUGGCCAAUGCAAGUCCAAUGAUUGAAGGGCAAAAAUAGGCCUUUUUUGGGGGGAUACUUUUUCUGAUAUGCUACAUCUGUGAAUUAAUCUUAUACUUUUGAUGAGUUUGCUUCUUUGGGCUAGGAUAGAUAGAGAUUUUACAGUUGUAAAUUCCUUCAUUCUUUCUGGUAGACAUAACCAAUGUUCACGUA